AUGGCAUUAAGUACCUUGAGAGAUAAAUCCUUCAAAGAAGAUAUGACCAUGAUGCCAUUACCUUUACCAAAAGCAGUGUUUGGUGUUGAAAAAUCUGUGAUCAUCGAUGGGUUAGAAAUUAUUGAACAGAAAAAUCAAGAACAUAAUCAAGACCAUAAUCCAGCUCCAGCAAACCAAAGAUUUUUAUGCGCACGCGAUUAUACUGAAGCAUACUUUACCAAAAGGAUUACACCUCUACAAGUAUGCAUAUGUCAAUAUCGCAAGGAUGAUAUUAUAGCGCAAGCUGAGGCGUCGACCUCUCGAUAUGAUCAAAACCAAACAUUGGGACCUCUCGACGGUGUUCCUGUUGCGAUUAAGGAUGUGAUUGAUGUUAUUGGCUAUGAGACACGUGUAGGAACAUCAUUUCUUAAUCGAGGAAACCUUGCCUCAAAGGAUGCGUUUUUGGUAAAAAAAUUAAGAGAACAAGGUGCUAUUAUCAUCGGAAAAACAAAUUUGCAAGAAUAUUGUUUUGA